AUGCACGGUCAUGCGCAUCACAGCCAUGAGCGCAGUGUGGAGGAACUACAGGAUCGAGGAAAUGUCGAGGAGCGCGAUAAUGUCGUGAUUGUCUACAAGACCCUAGAUCCGGACUUUGUGGGUGAGGUGGGAGGCUACGUUACCGGUGGCCCCAAACACGAAACUGCUACAGAGCCAACUGCUGGCGUCGGCCCUGCGGUCAGUGCGCCUUCGAGAACCAGGGAGCAAGCGACGGAGACCAAAGAGACCGAUAAGGCGCAUACUACCACGGAGAAGGAGCCGCCGACCACCACCAAACACACCGAGGCCCACACCACUCAUGAAACCAAAGCGCAGACUACUGAGGUUACCAAGAUCACCCAGGCCGAAACGACAGAAAAGCAGUCAUCAAGCACGACCAGCGAGAAAGAACUGCCUAUCACGACAACCUCCUUUGUUACUUCGGCAUCGCCCACAGAGUCAAGUCAGGAUGUCAACAACCUCAUUGCGACAACCACCGCUGGAAGUGCCUCGGACUCGGCUGCGUCGGCCUCACCCACUGCCAUUGGGAAUACUACUUCCGCGGGUAUGACCGGUGGUGCAAAGGCUGGUGUGGCCAUCGGUGUCAUCCUUGGUGUGGGCGUGAUAGCUGCCUUAAUCUUCUUCUUUGUCCGCAAGAAGAGAAGAAGCCAGGAGGGAUAUCAGAAUGAGAAGACCUUCGGCGAUGAAGGCCUGCCAGAGGGUUUCGCUGCUUCCUUCCCACCGCCUCCUCCUUCAAAACCGCAGACUCCUGUACAAGCCCCACAGCUCAAUGUCCGUCCCGUUACUCAGUUCGCACCUGAUCUCACUGGAACUGGUGCCUUGAAUCCGACCACCACCGCCGCUGCAGGCGCGACGGCUGGGUCGGCCGCCGUCGCCUCUCGCAAUCUCACUGGGGAAUCGCCACCUCCUACUCCACCAAUGGCUGAGAGCAGCCCUAAUCCAUUCAGUGACCCUGUGAAUCCUUUCAAUCCAGCUCCCGCGCCAGUCAGCCAGAAUCCGUCUCCGACCGCCGAAAGAAGCACUGAACCUUUGGGCUCGGCCGUCGCAGGUGCGGCAGUCGGUGCUGCAGCCAUCGGUGCUGCCGCUGCUGCUUCGUCCCGUGACUCUAAUGGUUCUGACGGCUACCAGUCCGCACAAUCGGGCAACCAUUCUCCCACCGGUUCUACCGACUCAUCGGGCAAUCCUGCCUAUGCCGCCGGUGCAGCGGGGGCGGCAGGAGGUAUGGCCGCUGGCCCACCACCCCCUAACAAUGUUUACCGCGUUCAAAUGGACUUCAACCCCUCUAUGGAGGAUGAGCUUGGACUUCGCGCUGGAGCGCUAGUUCGCUUGCUUCACGCGUAUGAUGAUGGAUGGGCUCUUUGCCAGCGCCUCAAUAACCCCCAGCAAGGCGUAGCACCUCGCUCUUGCCUGUCAGCCCGCCCCGUGGUGCCCCGCGCCCGCCCACCUCCUGGCUCUCGUGGCCCGCCCGUCAUGGGCCCUGACGGUCGUCCAAUGAUGGCGGGAGGCCCACCCCCAGGUGGGAGAUUCUAUCCUCAAGAUGCCCGCCCAAGAUCUCCUCACGCCCCGCCUCCACGUCCUUACCCCGGCCCUUCAGGCGGCCCCCGGUUCCCCGUCGUCCCCCGCUCAAUGUCCCCAGGUCCUGGAGGAAUGCCUCGCUCGAUGUCUCCAGGACCCGGUGGUAUGCCCGGCGCUCGCUCCAUGUCUCCAGGACCAGGUGGUAUGCCAGGCGGUCGCUCGAUGUCCCCCGGUCCCGGCGCAAUGCCUCGUUCCAUGUCCCCAGGACCUGGCGGCAUGCCCGGCGGCCGCUCUAUGUCCCCAGGUCCCGGCGGAAUGCCUCGCUCCAUGGUUCCAGGACCAGGUGGCAUGCCCGGUGGCCGCUCGAUGUCCCCUGGCCCUCGCGCUGGCCCACGCUCCAUGAGCCCCGGUCCGUAUGGGCCUCCAGGCAUGCAGCGGCCAGUGAUGCCGGUCAACCAACGCGCACGCAGCAACAGCGCUAGCAACGCUGUCCCGCCCAUGGCUUCCCCCGCUGCACCUCCAGUCUCAAGUCCACUAGCCGCUCCUACUGCAGCUCCUACUAGCGACCUCCCCGCGCUUCCCGGGUCCGCGCCAACUUCGCCAUCUGGCUCCAUCUCGCGAAAACCGGUCCCCGGUACCCAGGACGCUUAA